CGACUUUGAUGAGUCGUACUGGAUGAGUCUUAUGAAUUCGAUCGCUCCAGUCUCUGGGACUGUCUCGGACGGCAACGCAGUGUGGAGUGGGUUUUCGUAGGAUUUUGGGCAUCGGAGGAGAAAACGCCGACAACGGACGAAAUCCGCCCAGCUGAGAAAUGAUACCAGCACUUCCCAAAAUCAUAUAUACUUAGGCCUACCAACACUACAGCGCCAUGGAAGUGAGGAAUCGACACUCUCGCUACUCGAAUCCGUACAAUUGAGCUCGUCAUUGAGAGUUCUGCCACCCAGGAAAUGGACCGACAACAUAUUCUCCUCCUCGGAGCCACUGGCGCCUCGGGUCUCGCAUUUCUUGAUGUCAUCUCGGAAUUGGCACAGAAACCCAAGCUGACGCUCUACGUCCGUCCAAGCUCGGCCACGAAACUCCCGCCAUGGACGACCAGCAACUCUGGCAUUCGCGUCAUGGAAGGCAGUCUAGAAAACAAGGAGGCAUUACGAACCGCAUUCUCACCGUCGGAAGAUAAAUCCUUCCCUGCAGUAACCACGGUCAUAUCAUUCCUUGGGGCCUACCUGUCGUUGCAGGCAGUCCUCACCCGCGACCAGUCUCACCCAAUCGCGGAUGCUUUCCAGCACGCCAUACUACCUGCGGUGAAAGACUGCAAGGUCUCACGCAUUCUGGUGCUCAGCACACCUACUGCAUUCUGUCUGCCCGAAGAACGAAAGAAAAUGUCAUGGAAAUGGUGGUUCUACACCAUGAUUCCGCUGCUCUUCGCACCCCAGGGUAAUGCAGAGAUGAAAGGCAUUGCCGAGGCUGUGAUCAAAGCCGGUGCGAAACACGAUCAGCUCGAGUGGACGGUCUUCCGCGUGCCUCAUUUGAAGAAUGACGAUCCUUACGCCAAGGUGAUUGCUGGACGUUUGGAUCGGACUUUUGAGGGCGGCACGGAUCUUAGUCGCGCUAGUCUGGUCAGAUGGGUGCUGAGAGAGGUCGAAGAGAAGCAUUGGGUCAGACGAGCACCACUGCUGGGAAAUGCGUGAAUACGAGGCACGGAAAGGUGGAAAAACAGGGUGUUCAGCCUUGUGCUCCAGGAAAGCCAUGCACGAGCAGGGUGUGCCUGCUAGCGAUCCACCGGUACACGGGUAUGAAUUGAGGCUUGCAGCCACACCGUCACGCAUGCAUGGGAGUUCGAAUAUCAUGAUCAUCAGGAUAAUGCUCGUGUCCGUGAAGCAACGUUGUGGAGAGACAUUCACGACUGAGCCGCAGGAGAUUAAUGAUCUGCCAAUGCAACAUAAUAGUGUCAUGCUGAACACUUUUCUUGAGCGGUGACAGAGAACUAAACUGGGAUAGUAUAACU